GCUCAGUUCCGACGGUGCAUCGAUAGCGGAAAGUGCUCGCGUACUCUCUCAGUCGUCCGCAGAGAAAAAGUCGAAAAGUCGCACGGCGGCGCGCGCGGUCGCGAGGUUUUUUUUGUUCUGUGUGUGGCGAUUUGGCGGUUGUAUUUUCGGGGGUUUGACAAACCACGCGCGCACGCGAGCGUUCGCAGCAGCUAUCAACGGAGAGCAGCAUGUUGCGCUAGCGAUUCUUAAGAAGUGAAGCAGAAGGGAAGGAAGAGAACAGUGCGUUCUAACGGGGUGAAAGCCGCGCGUAGCGCGAGAAGAGUUGCACGAAGAGAAUGUUGUUCCCGGGAAAGUGAAAUUUGGGUGAUUUCUGGGAAGUUAUAAAAGUUAUAAAAUCGACAUGAAGUGCAGUGUACUGCUGUUGGUGGCGCUGGUGACGGUGACCUCCGGGCACCGGUCGUACCUGCGCAGCUUCCAGACCCAGGCGUCGAUGGACCCUUGUUACGACGAGGACCGUCCACGGCGCUGCAUGCCGGACUUUGUGAACGCCGCGUUUGGCGUUCCGAUCGAGGCUUCCUCGACCUGUGGACGGGACAAGCCCGCCCGCUACUGCGACUACCGAGAUCAGCUCGCUCGUAACGAGUCCAGCUGUGACAUUUGCGACGACUCCGAUCCGACCAAGCGGUUCGCGUCGACCGCCCUCACGGACGUGCACAACUCCAACAACGUGACCUGCUGGCGAUCGGAACCGCGCGUCGGCUCCGUAGAUCCGGGAUCCCAACCGGACAACGUAACGCUCACGCUAUCGCUCGGCAAAAAGUUCGAACUAACCUACGUCAGUCUGAUGUUCUGCCCGUACGCGAUCCGUCCGGAUUCGAUGGCCAUCUUCAAGAGCGCCGACUACGGCAAGACCUGGCAACCGUUCCAGUUCUAUAGCUCCCAGUGCCGCAAGCUGGACGGACGCCCGGCCACCAUCUCCAAGACCAACGAGCAGGAAGCUCGCUGCAUCGACCACAACCGCUUCAACGCCGACGGCGUCCAAGGCUCCCGGAUCGCCUUCAGCACCCUCGAGGGGCGCCCUUCCGCCCAGGACUUCGAUUCCUCCCCCGUCCUGCAGGACUGGGUCACCGCCACCGACAUCCGCGUGGUCUUCCAUCGACUCCAGCCCCCAACCACGACCACCAUCCUGAAAACGCAGUCCUCCGAGCAGAUCAAGUACAAAAAGUCCGAGUACAUCUCCAAGGAGAUCUUCACGCCGCCCUCGGCCGGUGUCAGCACGUACGCCCUGUCCGAUUUUGCCGUCGGAGGGCGCUGCAAGUGCAACGGGCACGCGUCCAAGUGCGUCAAGGGUUCGGACGGGAAGCUGGAGUGCGACUGCAAGCACAAUACGGCGGGCCGCGACUGCGAGCGCUGCAAGCCGUUCUACUUUGACCGGCCGUGGGGACGCGGCACCGUGCGGGACGCGAACGAGUGCAAAGUGUGCAACUGCAACGGCCAUGCGCGCAAGUGUCGCUUCAAUCUGGAACUGUACAAGCUGUCCGGGCGGGUUUCCGGCGGGUUUGCAUCGAGUGCCGGCACGACACGACCGGCCGGCACUGUCACUACUGCCGCGAGGGCUUCUACAAGGACCCGUCGAAGCAGAUUACGCACAAGAAGGCGUGCAAACCUUGCGACUGUCACCCAAUUGGAUCGUCGGGCAAGAACUGUAACCACACGUCGGGCCAGUGCACCUGCAAGGAGGGCGUCACCGGGUUGACCUGCAACCGGUGUGCCCGCGGAUACCAGCAGAGUCGGUCCCACAUCGCGCCGUGUAUCAAAAUCCCUCGCGUUACCAUGGUCAACCACCAGGCGCAGAACACCGCACCAGACCAGUACCAGUACGAUCCAGAUGCCAGCGAAAGCACCAAAGAAA